GAUGUUGAUGCCUUCCAUCCCAAUCUCUCUUCAAAUAUAUCAAGGAAGUAACGACGACUUCCCACUGCCGUCGUUACGAAUUAAACUAGUAGCCAAUAGUCAGCAGUAGUGGUGGUGGUGAUGACUCAACCUUUCUAUUUCAAAACCUAACAACAAACAACAUUCUUCUUCACGUCACAGAAUUAAUCUUGAACCCAUCGAGCAAAUUGUCGACAAGUCAAACCACCAGUCAAGCCAUCAUGGCGAACGCAAAUCAUAAGCGCGCUCAUCCUUUCACGGCCGACCCCUACGACGAGCCACCCAAAAGACCAAGACCAAGGCCAAGACCUUCGUCCUCUUUCUAUACAUAUGAAGACCCUCCUCUCGACGAUCCCUUUACUAGACCUACCUUCAACAGAGAUGCACCUUAUCACGGCUUCCAUCCUGAUCACGGCUUCUAUCCUGAUCACUUUAGCUCACAGUCGUCCAGGCCCCGGGACCCAACUAACGCAACUUUCGCGCAGCCUUUCGACCAUUUUGACUAUUUUGACCAUCUGCCAGAUUAUCUGCCCAAUCCUCGACGACAAUACCCUAGGGAGAGAUACGAUGAUUUCAAUCCGCCUCCGGCCUCACAUACCGGUUACCGGUUUAGAUCAAACACAAUGCCUUCAAGACCUAGGGAACCUACGUAUAAUUUCCAAGACUCUUUUCAAGCCCAGAAUCCCCAACGAGGCCCAGGCCCAGACCAUCUCCACGCUCGUGUUGCUGAACUCGAAGCGCUUGUCAAAUCACUGACUAGAUCAUAUAAUGAUUUCAGGUUGCCCAGAGCCGCCGUAAUUCGCGGCUUGCGUCGAGAUAUAGAUAAUCUAUCAAGGCUCGAGGGUCAAACCAAUGAGCUAGAGGCACGUGUGCACGAAAUGUCGCGUACUCUCCAUGAUCUGCAGGCUUCCACCGAGGCAGACAACGUGAAUGACGAAUAUACCGAAUCCGAAAUCCACCAAGACGCAGCAACCCAGGCGCGAACACGGAUGCCAGAGCUGGAUAAAGCUAUUAACGACGGCAACGAUGAUAGUGAUGAUGACGUUGUCUUUCUAGGAGAACGGCCCCUUCAAGAUAGUGAUUUUAAUAUUCAUAAUAACCAUAGCAACCGUGGGAGUUACCAGCUGGAGGCCAUUACCCGUGACAAUUUCGUGCCUUAUCUUAAGAGCCUCGACUUUCGUGCACCUUAUGGGAUGGAAGCGUUUGUCAACACGCCAGUUACAGCGAGAGACUAUCGUCUAUGUACGCUAAACGACGGUACGAUAUACUUCGUACGUCUAGGAACCAGCGAGAAAGGAUGGUGGAACAUUGAGUAUGAGCCUUACGAGCGAGCGCCCUUAAUGCUGCCGCGAUACAGACGUGGACACCUCGAUGGCGACCAACAUUUAGAUGCGAGGCGAUUACCUUCACUACUGCAAUAUCGCAGCAACGUCUGCGAAGUCGAGUACCCUGCUUCGAAUUCCGUCCUCGCUCCUCCGCUCUGCUAUGCAUUACCUCUAGGAGAGAUUCACGUAUACCAACCGCGAGUUGGUAAAGCACCACCUGAUCUUAUUGGCACAAAUUUCUUCUUGCUUAUGGAUGUCACCAAUUCCAGGAAGUCGUUAUGGAUCGUAUAUGCAUACGAGUACCCCUCCAAUAAAAACAACGACCCUAAUCGCUCUGAGGGCUACCAGCACGAAGAGGGUACGAUUGAAACAGCGAAGUAUGAAUUGAGCCGAAAUUCGCCUCUCUGUGCAGAUUUUGGCCUCUUCGAUGUGGCAUGUAUAGCAAAUAGCCUGGAUGACUUUGCCAACGUAACCAAGGGAGAUGUACCAAACCCUCGCGGACACCAGCAGACUAUAUACCCUCAACUCGAUCCAGUUAAGGUCCACCAGAUGCUCCGCUCGACUGCGUGCAUUGCACAGCCUGUAUUUACAGAACCGAAUCUAGACAGACUAGCUCAAGCAAUCAAUCAGGGGUGGAAGAAAUAG